AGGCACAGCAGGUAUUGCAGAGACGAGAAAAUCAAGGAUGGCUCUGUCGUACGGUUCUGACGGGAAGUUCUGGAGCGGGCUUCUGCUUGGAGCGAGCACGAUGGGAUUGGUCUGUCUCCGUGACCGCGCGACGGCGUCGUCUAGUGCAACAUCCGGCAGCACGGCUUGCAGAGUGAGCAUGUACAACAUUGGACCGGGCGGAGGUGCAGCAAGAACAGGGUCUUCAGCUCCUCCUGUUCCAAUGCUAGCGCGAGGAGGUGGGACGAGCAGCACGUCAUCUGGUGACCGUACGACAUCCACAGAAGCGGAGCAGAAAGCGACUGCAGCACCGACGGCGACGGCAGCUGUAACCAGCGAGAGCAGUUCAUCGAGCAGCGCUUCGGCCUCGUCCUCCUCUACAGCAAUAGAGCAAGCAAAUGCCGCGGCAACCGCAAGUGGCGGCUCGAAGGAGGUGACGUCCCACUACGACAGUAAGUACCAACAGUGGCAGCUAAGCAUGAACGAGUUUGGCUCGCGCGCACAGGCGCACUACUGGAGGGAGUUCGUGCGCCCUGAUACGAGAUGCGCAGAGUUCGGAUCCAGCUCGGGGCACAUCAUAUCGUCGCUGCGAAAUCAAGAAGUCUUCAAGUUUCCGGCAAAGGACGGUAUCUUCGUUCUUCACGUUGACGGAAAUAAUUCUACGUUCUUCACGUUGACGUUGUACUGGAACUGGAAAGGACGGCACGAAGAAGUACAAGUACUCUGACAUCUGUUGCACGACCCAUGAUGCCGUUAUGUUCGGUAAGCUCGCCAAUCCUGCUGUAUUAAUCUUGGUGUCUUAAUGAAAACAGGUAAGUCCGCGCCUCAAAUCGGCUGUUCUCUCGAGGCUAUCGGCGUCGAAGUCAACCCGGCCGCCCGGGAUCACGCAGACACGGUUCUCAGACCGAAGUUCGGCAUCAACGCGACCGUCGACAACGUGGAGAAACUCCCGGACGACACGUAUGAUUUGA